CGUAUUUCCGGUUUGACAGCAAAAUUUACGCCCUCUGGUGAUCAAUUAAAAAACUUCAAAUUGUCUUGUGGUGUGGUGCGGUCGUCUGAUUCGGCAAUUUAUUUGCCUAUAAAUCACAGUUUUUAGUUCAAUCUGUGAAUAAAUCUUUACCCUUACCAUGGCAGAAGCACCAGUAUCUGUACCAACCCCAUUCUAUGCUGAUCUUAGCAAGAAGGCCAAUGAUGUCUUCAGCAAGGGCUACCACUUCGGCCUCAUAAAACUUGAUCUCAAAACAAAGAGUGCAUCUGGAGUUGAGUUCACAAGUGGUAUUGUCUCCAACCAGGAGAGUGGAAAGGUAUUUGGCAGCCUUUCAUCAAAAUAUGCUGUGAAAGACUAUGGUCUUACCUUCACAGAGAAAUGGAACACAGACAACACACUGGCCACAGACAUCACCAUCCAGGACAAGAUCGCCAAAGGCCUGAAAGUUACGUUGGAGGGUACAUUCGCACCACAGACAGGGAGCAAGACAGGUAAACUGAAGACACAAUUCGCCAAUGACAAGGUUGCAGUGAACACAAUCUUGGACUUGGACCGAGCGGGCCCUGUGGUGGAUGCCGCUGCAGUCCUGAAGCACAAAGGCUGGCUGGCCGGUAUCCAUGGACAAUUCGACUCGAAGAACGCCAAGCUCACCAAGAACAACUUUGCUCUCGGAUACCAGACUAACGAAUUCAACCUCCACACUAAUGUUGACAAUGGCAAGGAAUUCGGUGGAUCAAUCUACCAGAAGGUGUCUCCUAAGAUCGAAUGCGGCAUCAGCAUGAAGUGGACCUCGGGCUCUGCCGAGACGCAGUUCGGAGUAGGCGGCAAGUACUCGCUCGACGCCGACACCUCGCUGCACGCUAAAGUCAACAACAAGUCUCUCAUCGGACUGGGCUACCAACAGAAGUUGAAACCUGGCGUGGUCCUGACAUUGUCUGCCGCUAUCGACGGCCAGAACUUCAACGCCGGCGGCCACAAGGUCGGCCUUGCCCUCGAGCUGGAGCCCUAGACUGCAGCAAGCACAUGGCUUGUUAGACUUGUAGAUAAAACCUAAUGCCACAUUACUGUCACACGACGGUCAAGAAGCAUAUAUAGCAAAAUCAAUUUAAGUAGUAUCUUCAGUGUUCUUGUUAGCGUAAUUCGAUUGCGUUAAACGCAUCUAUAUAAAAUUUUCAUCUCACGAGCGCCGUCAGUACAAUCUAUAAUACUUAUACAUUCAAAGGCGGACGCGCUUACUUCCUAAAAUUAGAUUACAUUGUAUGUAUGUUUGUUGUAAGCACGCGACGUUGACGCAUCCUUUUUUUUUGCAAAAUAAUUUUAUUCGAUCCCAACAAUUUGAACUCAGUUAUAAUGUAAAUAAGCACCAGUGGUGUGUUAUUGAUUGAAUGGAAAUAAACAUGGUUAGUCUAUUGCAAUCAGCA